AUGCAGAUGCUCCUGCACAUUCUCUCAACUACGUUCCUGCUCUUCAUCAUCCACACGACGGCGUCGCCGUUAUGGUGGGAUGACCACAUCGAACCGUCUCCCACGACUGGCGACUUCAGUUACCCGAUCCGUCCUCGCGAUCCAGCCAACACCUCGGUCAACCCCGAUGCCGUGACGGGGACGACUUGCAUAGACCCUACAGCGGUCCUCAACACGCACGACACCAAUGUCGCCAUCCUGUCCAUCUGCGGGGGUAUCGCCGGGUCGAUAGAGUUUUGCGGAGGCGACCCGUCGACGACUGUGGGGGCGUCGGGAACGUCAAAGUUUACGUUGACAGCUGUCAACGCCGCACAGGGCGCCACGAUCAAUGUGAGCAAGGGGAGAUGGGAAGGAUGUGUGAGGGCUGCGCGCGCGGUGUGUCCGACGGGGACGUUCAGCAGUACGUGCAUAGGCGGGACUAGUGAUGGGGCAGGGUUCACGUUUGUGUUGAGCGAGAACAAUUGA